AUCAGUUGGACUGGCUCAGCAUGUCGGGUCCCACUGACACACCCAAUACCGGGCCUGCCGGAGACCACACUACCGGCAAAGGGAAAUACCUUUACAUUAAGAGUUCCCCGGCAAGUGUAACAGGGAAUAUGGCCCAGCUGAAGUCUUCGUUGCUGCCACCUGCUGGUGAAAAAGGAUACUGUUUCAGAUUCUGGUACCACAUGUUUGGAGCUACUGUGGGAUCUUUGAGGAUGUUUCUACAAACAGCUGAUCCCUUGACCAAAACACUGAUGUGGCAAAAAUCAGGACAUCAGGGGGAUCAGUGGCUGCUAAUGCAGAGCCACAUGACCUUGCAGAAAGUCCAUCAAGUGAUUUUGGAGGCCACAGUGGGAGGAGAGGCAGGGGACAUAGCCAUCGAUGACAUCUCCCUCAUCAGUGGUCCAUGUCCUGCCUCUGAUCUGUGUGAUUUUGAGCAGGGGAGCUGUAACUGGCAGCAGCAGACCUCUGAUGAUGCUGACUGGGUCAGACAGUCGGGCUCCACGCUCAACCCCAACACAGGACCGGACAGCGACCACACCACCAACACACCCACAGGCCAUUACUACUACCUGCCCUCCUCUGCUGCUGACCAUGCCGGCCAGACAGCUGUGAUGUUUUCACCACUGUACCCUGCAGGCAAAGGAGCUUGUGUGCAGCUGUGGUACCACAUGUAUGGAAAAGGCAUGGGAACACUGAAUAUCUACCAGCAGAAUGGGGAAGGGAAGCAAUCUCAGAUUUUCUCCCAGACAGGAGACCAGGGCCGGCUGUGGUGGUUUGCGCAGGCUUCACUUCUGCCUCAGGAUCAGCCUUACAGGAUUGUGGUAGAAGGUGUGAAGGCUGGCCCCACCCAGGAGGGAGACAUGGCUUUUGAUGAUGUACAGCUGACAGACGCCCAGUGUCCUCCUCGUGGAUAUUGUGACUUUGAAAUUAACAUGUGUAGCUGGAGCAACCUGGGUGGAGGAGUAGACCAGGGAGACUGGCUCCAUAGCAAAGGGGCCUCCCUGAAUCCCAACACCGGACCCAGUGUGGAUCACACCACAAACUCAACACGCGGUUAUUAUCUGUACGUGGACAGCUCAGUGGGUCAUAGGGGAGACAAGACCUUCCUGAUCAGUGAUAUGUUCGAGCCGUCCACUAGUGGGCACUGUCUUAGAUUCUGGUACCACAUGUUUGGCAAUCAAGAUGGGACUCUCACAGUCUUUAUAAAUGACAGAGAAAAACACACUGGUGGCAGCGAAGAAGGGAUUCUGCAGUGGACUGAGACAGGAAACAAGGGAAACAAGUGGCAGGAGGCCAGUAUGGACAUUAAACAUGAAGAAGCAUUCUGGUUUUUGUUUGUGUAUCAGAGGGGGAUGAAUACAGGUGGCACCGUUGCUCUUGAUGACAUCUCCAUCGUCCCUGGCACCUGCUACUCCAGUAAUGAUUCGUCGCUUACAGGCCUCGCAGUUGGUGUCACUGUGCUGGCUGUGGUCGUCAUCGCCGCUUGCGUCUUUGUGCUGUACAGGAAACGCUGUUUAACGAACCAGCCAACAGUUAUGCAUGACAAUGUGAUGGACCAGCGCGCUGUGUUUGACCUCUAUGACUGCAAAAUAGAGGGCACACAACAUGGAAGUGAAUCUGACUUUUCCUUCUACAAUAAUCUUUAUGGUCAAUCCCAGAUUGACGACACACUGGCUACAUCUAACGCCUAAUCCAGACAUUCCCUCUAGUAAAUACAAUACAACAAAUAAGCCAUAACUAAAUUAUUGUAAAUUAUUUCAGUGAUAUAUUUUAGAUAUUUGAUUUUUAUUAUUUUAAAAUUUAGUAAUGAUGUUAAUGUAGCAUUUUUCUGUGGUAACAGAUCAAAGAAUGUAAUGGCAGUUUAUUGACAGUAUCUUUUUUUUUAAUGACUACUGUAUUUUAACUACAUUAAUAUACCUAUUAUUUAUAUGCAAUUACUACCAUACAGUCAAAGCCUUUGACUGAGUAUUGGGACAUGUUGUGCUUUGAAAAAGAAUCUCAGUUUUAUAAAAUGGAAUUUAAGUGAAUUUAAGUAUUUAAGUCUUGUAAUAACUAGUUUGAUGUUGUUGAUAUAAUUUAGAUCCUUUUGCUGUGUUGAACCAGCAGAACCAGUUCUCCUGUUAGAUUCAUUUUAGUAGCGUAUGAACAGUUGACAAACAAAAAUUAUUGUUUCAUGGUAAGAGAGUAAAAUGCAUGAGCAGGUUUCCUACUUUUUCUCCUCAUAUGUAUGGAUUAUUUGUAUCAGAAUCUCAAUAUUUUGAUAUAAAUCAUAUGAAUAAUAAAUAAAUAAAUAUAAUCUUUUCACCAGGUCAAGAGUAAACUCAGAAAAAUACAGUUCGCUCUUAAAGAUUAAGCCAGUAGUUCCCAACCUUUUUGGCUUGAGACCCUUAACAAAAAAGCAGUGUGAGUUCAGAUGCCCUU